UCCCCCCACCAACUAAUGGCGAUGCCCUCCUCCUCCUCCUCGCGCCCCUCCCCCAUCCGCCGCCUCCUCAGCUCGCUCGCUCUAUCCCCACCGCCUCCGCCGCGCGCGGAGGCUCCCACCCCCGCCGCCGCGGCCAUGUCGUCUUCGCCGUCAGGCGGCGGGGUGGACAACGACGACGAGGAGGAGGGGACGGGGAGGAGCGAGGGCAGCGGCGCGGAAGGCGGCGGGGGCGGCAGGGCGCUCAGCUACGGCGAGGCCGAGUACUGGGACGCCCGCUACGUCGAGGAGGGCGGCGCGCCGUACGACUGGUACCAGCGCUACGCCGCGCUCCGCCCCUUCGUCCGCCGCUUCGCCCCGCCGGACUCCCGCGUCCUCAUGAUCGGCUGCGGCUCCGCCCUUAUGUCAGAGGAUAUGAUUGAUGAUGGCUAUACGGAGAUAAUGAACAUUGACAUUUCUUCAGUUGUAAUUGAGAUUAUGAGGAAGAAACACUUCAAUGUUCCACAGCUGCAAUAUAUUGAAAUGGAUGUUAGGGACAUGAGUGAAUUUUGUGAUGAAUCAUUCGAUUGUGCCAUUGAUAAAGGUACUUUGGACUCUUUGAUGUGUGGUGUGGAUGCUCCUCUCAGUGCAGCUCAGAUGGUUCUAGAAGUAGAAAGGCUUCUUAAACCAGGAGGAGUCUUUAUGCUGAUAACUUAUGGUGAUCCGUCAGUGCGGGUACCUCAUUUGAACCAACCAGGAUGCAAGUGGAAAAUUGUACUAUACAUUCUGCCCAGACCUGGGUUCAAGGGCAAAACUAAAAGGUCUGUCUUAGAUCCUGUUCCAAUGACACAGAGUGGUAGACUGCCAGACGGUUUUGCUCCAGAGGAUCCUGACUCUCAUUAUAUCUACGUCUGCAAAAAGUUGCAAGGAUCGACAGGGACAAGUUCACCAACCAUACAACACGUAAACACGCAAGACACAGAAGAGUGAAUUUUAGACUGAUUCAUCUCACAAUGUAAAUUGUUGUAAUUUGUACAAGAUCAAACAAUGCGAUGUGCCACCAUUGUGGCCAUGCAAAUCAACCCUUUGUAGGUAUGAAUAUCUGUUAACUGAUCUUGUGAGAAUCAGCGAGUCAUUGUAUUGUGCUACCACUGCUUUUUUGUGCUGUGUGGAAGGCACAAAAAAAACUGUUGGCACUUUGGAGGAAGAAAAUGCCCCCAGAAACAUUUGUUUUCAUACGUUGGUAUAAUGCGAAAGCAUUUGGCAUCUUUCAAGACA